GAAGAGACGUAACCCGUGUCAUGUAAUUAUAACAUAACCAAGGUUAUCCCGAAGAUACUGGGGGAUAUUAUGAACGUCAUUUGAACAAAACAGAGUGUCUCUUAUCUCGGUCGCAAUGAGCGUCCCAUGUUUCUUGUCCUCCGCUGCCCGAAGCUUCAGUCUGUCCGGCCCCGCCGCCAGUCUCUUCUGCCGCCGGCUCCUGAGCCCCAGCACCGUCACUAGAAGAAACAUGUCCUCCAAAAGACAAAUGGACCAUCUAGAGAGGACAGCGAGCAAUUCCAGACAAAAUGCUCUGUAUCCAGCUGAAGUGUGUGGAAUCAUAAAUGAGUCAGAGACAGUAAAACGUCUGAGGAUAGCCGUCCAUCCAGACUUCAGCUUUAAAGCAGGACAGUGGGUGGAUUUCUUCAUCCCCGGCGUGGAGAAGGUGGGAGGUUUCUCCAUGUGCUCCAGCCCGGGUUUGCUGCAGCGGGAGGGGGUCAUUGAACUGGCCGUAAAAUACACCAAACACCCACCAGCACACUGGGUCCACACUAUGUGUACAGUGGGCUCCCAGGUGGCCAUGCGAGUCGGUGGGGACUUCUUCUUUGAUCCGUCGCCUUCUGACCCGUCUGUGGAUUUGCUGCUUGUAGCCGGCGGUGUAGGGAUCAACCCUCUGUACUCCAUUCUGUUGCAUGCCGUAGAUCUCCUGCAUCUCAACCAGAGCUCGGGCGGUCGGGACUACAACAUAGGCUCCACUCACCUAUGCUACAGUGCCAAGAACAGCCAUGAGCUGCUCUUCAAGAGCUCCAUCAUUGAGGCGUGUCGGGAGUUCCCUGACAAGUUCUCCUGUGACUUUCACGUCACGCAACAGAGCACAGAUGUCGACCCACACCUCGAGCCAUUUAUCAACCGCGGGAGAAUCACCAAGGAGGAGUUGCGAGCUCAUGUGGACCCACAGAGGACUUUGUGUUACCUGUGCGGGCCCCCGCCCAUGCUCGAAGCAAUAUCAAAAACCCUCAUGGACCUCGGGCUCUCGAAAGACAGGAUCCUCUUUGAGAAGUGGUGGUAGAACCUCAGACAGUUCCCAGAAAUCAACGGGGUUUUCCUCCUGAUUCUUGAUUCCUUUUGUAGUCUUCAGGGGGAGGAUGUUUGGGGUGUGGUGAGACUGGAAAGCGACUGAAAUAUUCCAGUGAUGUGGACAUUAAGAGUGCUCAAGCAGCUGAGGAAAUUCAUCCUCUGAUCCCUGCUGCUGAGACCUGUUCCUGAUGUGUGAUAGACCGCUGGGGCCGCCCACUGUUCAGCUUGCAGCUGACUCAUAAAGACAAAAGAGAUGGGUUUUAUUUCUUAUAAUCUUUACAGGAAGACUGAGCAUACUGUAAAAUCAUUGACCACCUCACUUCCUUGCUGAAUAACGCAACAACUGUGUAUGAUGGAUACAUUUUACCUUCAUAUUCAAUCUUAUUUCCAACCUAUACUUGCUUGACUGAGGUUCUGCUUAAACAGAUUAAUAGGUAAUGUUUAGUUUUACCCAGAAUUCUCACCUAAAUGUUUAUGCACCAGUUAACCUAUGUGAGCAUACUGUAUCUUAAAGAAAUAGUUUUUGUGAAAUUCGCUGUCCUGCUAAGAGUUAGAUGAGAAGAUUGAUACCAGUCUUGUCUCAUGUCAGACAGCUAAACAUAAAGCUGCAGCCAGCAGCCUGUUAGCUUAGCAUAAAGACUGUAAACAGGGGGAAAGGUAAGUGCAUACUCACACCUCUAAAGCUCACUCAGUAUCUGUUGGCUGCAUCUUCAUAUUCAUCUUCUCAUCUAACUCUCAGCCAGAAAGCGAAUAAGCAAAGUUCCCAAAAUGUCAAACUAUUGUUUGAAACAUGGAGGAUCAGUGCAAAACAAUACCAACAUGUACUGUGAUUUUACACUGUACACAAGUGUUUGAGUGGCUAAUUUUCUUCUAUAAAAAUACCUCUAAUGCUUACUUGAUAAAGUGUUGUUAGACCAUGGGUGUAUAUAUACUGAAAUAACUCAGAGCUAUUUAUUUGCAGAACUGAAGAUUUUAGAGUUG